UAGCUUUAUUAAACUAUCUGGCUUUCCGGCUUUCCCUAGCUCAUUCCCCCUGAAUAUUUUGUAGCUUCCACUUUCGCACAAAUGGCCUCCUUCCAAGUCUUCUUCUCCACCUUCUUCAUCUUCUUCUUCCUUCCUCACAUAACUUCAAGCGCCAUAAUUUGCGAAACUUCGUCUUGUGGUGGCAGGGAAAACCCGCUCGUCAACUUCCCUUUCCGUCUGAAAGGCAUGAAUACCGACCAAUCGUGCGGCUAUCCGGGAUUCGAUCUCUCAUGCAACAACCAAAGCCAGACAAUCCUCACUCUCCCUUAUUCCGGUGACGUCGUCGUCGAAUACAUCGACUACUACGAGCAAUCAAUAUAUAUCGACGACCCAGAUCAAUGCUUUGCCAGACGCUUGCUGCAGAAUUUCAAUCUCUCGGGCUCUCCUUUCGGGUUCGCAGCUGUCAGAAACUUCACCUUCUUCAACUGCUCGGCCAACGAGACGAUGAUGUACGAGUACGGGUAUGGGCGGGUCAUUCCUUGCGUUAGCGGCGACGACUAUAACAUCUGGAUCACGGCGAGUCGCUACAGUGAGACUUUGAUGACGAUGCCGUCGUGUCGGGUAAUUUUGAUGGAUUUGCUUCCUGUGCCACUGUCACCGUCACCGAUGGUGCAGUUGACUUGGGGUGAGCCCAGUUGUAGAGAAUGUCUAGCCGGCGAUGGAUACUGUGCGCGCAAGAGUGCUACCAGUCUGGAUGUUGGAUGCUUUAAUAUUGUUCCAAGCAGCAAUGGUGGUCUUCCUAGGAGUGCCAAGUACGGCAUAAUCAUAGGCGUGGGAAUACCCGGACUGUUGUGCAUCAUUGGGCUCUCAUGUUACCUUUGUGGAAGAAUCAGGGUUUAUAGACGUAGACACGAUGUCAACACAGAACUCACCAGCAUAAUCUCGCCGCAACAACGGAGUGUCCUUGCGGUGGGUCUCGACGGGCCGACAAUAGAAUCGUACCCAAAGACACUGCUCGGUGAGAGUCGGCGAUUACCCAAACCUAGUGACAACACUUGCCCCAUAUGCUUGUCUGAAUAUCAGCCUAAGGAAGAAUUGAGGACUAUACCGGAGUGCAAUCACUAUUUCCAUGCUAAUUGCAUAGACGAGUGGCUAAAAUUGAACGGGACGUGCCCCCUUUGCCGGAAUUCUCCUGAUGGGUCGGCCUUGGUUACGCCUUCAUCGACGUCGUCAUCGUCUUUGUCGUUGGCAUCUUUAUGAGCAUCAUAAACUAUUGUGAGCUAGAUCAUUGUAUAUAUAUAUACAUGUGAACAUUUGUUCAAGUUAAAUUGAGAGCACUGUCUUGCUUGCCAUACUGUAUUAUAAAUAUGUCAACUUUACUAAAAAUGAAUAAAUUUGUCUCUUAUUUAUAGAACAUGUAAAUUAGGAGAUUCAAAGUACAAUUGAAGAAAUAGAAUCAUGUAGAG